AUGAAGAGUGACCAGUCCAAAGAGGAUGUUAUUAACUUCAAAGGAGACUCUUCACCUCAAAGACAACAACUGGAUCAAGUGGAGGAAAUGCAGCAGAUCCACAAGUCUCAUCUGCUGAAGAGAUUUCAGUGUCUGAUUGAGGGCAGAAUAGAGCAGGGAAGCUCCACAGAACUGAAUAAGGUCUACACAGAUCUCUACAUCACAGAGGGGGGAUGGAGGGGUAUGACCAAUGAUGAGCACGAGGUCAGACAGAUAGAGAGAGCAUCCUGGAGACAAGACAGACACUUCCAUGACUCAAACAGUCUCCAGGGAGACGAGGAAUCCGAUGACUCAGAGGAAGAUGAGGAUUCCGAGGACUCAAAGAGAGUUUCUGAGUCUGAGGUAGAACUAGGCAGACCAAUGAAAUGCAGUGACAUCUUUAAGCCUGGAUCUGGAAAAGCCAAACCCAUCAGAUCUGUACUGACUAAGGGAGUGGCCGGCAUUGGAAAAACAGUCUCUGUGCAGAAGUUUAUUCUGGACUGGGCUGAAGGGAAAGUCAAUCAGGAUGUUCACUUCAUAUUUCCUUUUCUUUUCCGGGAGCUGAACCUGAUGAAGGAGAAGAAACUCAGUCUGGUGGGUCUUAUCCAGCACUUUUACCCCAAUAUAAAAGCAGAAGAAAUACUUACCAGAUCAAAUCACAGAGUAAUGUUCAUCUUUGAUGGUCUGGACGAGUGUCGGCUUCCUAUGCAGUUCAGACACCGCUCAGAGUGUUGUGAUGUGACAGAGCAGGUCUCGGUCGACAUAUUGCUGACAAACAUCAUCCAGGGGAAUCAGCUUCCCUCUGCUCUCCUCUGGAUCACCACCCGACCAGCAGCAGCCGGUCAGAUCCCACUGAAGUAUGUGGACCAGGUGACAGAAAUAAGGGGAUUCAACAACCCACAGAAAGAAGAGUACUUCAGGAAGAGAAUCACUGAUGAGAAUCUGGCCAGCAGAGUCAUCACACACCUGAAGUCAUCCAGGAGCCUCUACAUCAUGUGCCACAUUCCAGUCUUCUGCUGGAUUGUAGCCAUUAUUGCAGAGAGAACAUCAGAAGAAUCAGACAAAGCUGAAAUGCCAAGGACUAUGACUCAAAUGUACAGCCACUUUCUCAUCAUUCAGACCAGCAUUAAAAAGGACAAGUACACAGAGAGAAAAGAGACAGAAGAAGAGAUCAUUUUCAAACUGGCGAAACUGGCAUUUCAGCAGCUGGAGAAAGGCAACCUGAUCUUCUAUGAGGAAGACCUGAGAGAGGCUGGCAUUGAUGUCACAGAAGCGUCAGUGUACUCAGGAGUGUGUAGUCAGAUCUUCAUAGAGGAGAAGGAUAUUUACCAGGGGAAGGUGUUCAGCUUUGUGCAUCUGAGCGUCCAGGAGUUCCUGGCAGCUUUGUAUGUGUUUCUCUGCUUCAGCAGCAGAGAGAGAAGCAUGUCUGACCAACAGCAAACCUCUCAGCUCUCUGCUCUGUUCAGAGCUGCAACACUUCAUGACCUGCACAAGACUGCUGUGCAUCUGGCCUUAAAGAGUAGGAAUGGACAUCUGGACCUUUUCCUCCGCUUCCUUCUGGGCCUCUCACUGGAGUCCAAUCAGAACCUCCUAAAGCACAUACUGCCAAAGACCAGCAGCCAAUCACAUAGCUCAGCGCAGAUAGUCCAGUGUAUCAAAGAGAAGAUCAGAGGUGAGGGUAGUUCAGAUAAAAGGGUCAACCUGUUCUACUGCCUGAAUGAGCUGAAUCAGCAUGCUGUGGUGGAGCACAUUUACAGGAGGUGGGGAAAGCUUUCUGUAGAGAUGCUCUUACCAGGAGGCUGGAAGACUAGGGCAUUUAGACUCAGUAUGUCAGAAGAGCAGCUGGAUGGGUUUGACCUGCAGAGAUACAUAGAGACACCAGAGACAGACCAGAAAGAACUCCUCAGCCCUGAUGAUGUUCUCCAGAAGUUUGUACCAGUGGUCACAUCUUCAACCACGGCAGGGCUGGGUGCCUGUGGGCUGACAGAGAAGAGUAUUUCCCACCUGGCCUCUGUCCUGUCCUCACACUCCUCACGCCUCACAAAUCUGAUCCUCUCUGGCAAUGACCUAUGUGACUCUGGAGUGGAGCUUUUAUGUUCUGGACUUCAACAUCAACACUGCAGAUUGGAAACAUUGAUGCUGUACAGCUGUAAGCUGACGGAGAAGAGCUGUUCCUAUCUGGCCUCUGUCCUGUCCUCACACUCUUCACGUCUCACAUGUCUGAACCUGACUGCCAAUGAUCUGCUGGACUCUGGAGUGGAACUUUUAUGUUCUGGACUUCAACUUCAACACUGCAGAUUGGAAGAACUGAGGCUGGGUAGCUGUAAGCUGACAGGGAAGGGUUGUUCUCAUCUGGCCUUUGCCCUGUCCUCACCCUCCUCACGUCUCAAAGAGCUGUACCUGUGGGGUAAUGGCCUGAGAGACUCAGAUGUUGAGCAGCUCUCUGCUCUGAAGAAAGACCCCCAUCGUAGACUGGAGAAACUAUGGUGGAAAUCCUAAUUUUUGCUGCUGAGUAGCAGUGAGGAGCCCUGAGAUGACACCAGCACACACAUAUGCACACACAUUCACACACACACUACUUCAUUCCACAGCAAAGCAAAGGCGGAUAUCCACCAAAAUCAAGUCAAAUAAUUUGUGUCGUUGUGUCCUUGUGUUAAAUGCGUUUAAUGAUCAUAAAACCACAAAGAAGGUGGAGGGAUUCUAACAAAGCAACCACAUUUGUACAGUGUUGCCGUAUUGUAUAUCCCGUCUUAUUAUAAAUCAUGUCUAUGUUAAAAUUCUGAAUGGUAAUGAUUAAUAUGGAAACAUUUUAAUGGAAUUAUUCAUGAUGCCUAUGUUAACAUAUGUCUGCCAUCUAUGUCAGAUCUAGUCAGCAAUGUGUUCACUAUUAGUGAUUAA